AUGAAGCCGGAAAUCAAUAAAAAAUCUGAAACGUUAUGUUCGAACCCUUAUGUUAUUACGAAGCAAGAUUUGAUGGUCGAAGAAUGUCUCAAACUUCAUAUUUACUCUGAGCGACGAAUGGACAGGUUGAGCAAACGGUGCAUAAUAAAUCGCGUCAUAACUCAUUCUACCGAAAACAUUGAGAGAAUUCUCAGAACGUUUGAUUCGUCGCGUCUCGAGAAGUAUAUGAAUAUUCAGCACAAACUGAAUGAUUAUCUGAAGAAAUGCGAGAACAAGUAUUUUCCAGAAGAGAACCCAGUCUACAGAAACAAUUAUUGGGAAAGAAGAGCAGUUCAUACUCUUGUUCAGUACGAUGUGAGACCCGUUCCACAAAGGUCUAGAAGAAAAGUAGAAGACGUUCAUUUUUUUCAUUUUUACACUCCGAACGAAUGGGAGCUGAAAAUUGAGAACUGUCUCAAAUUGGAUAUCCUUGCUGAACGACGAGGUCGUAGAUUGGGUUUCAUUGAUGCUCCUAAAAUGAGAGACGUGGAGGACGCAUUGAGAGAAGCCAGUCACAUUGAAUUAGAGGGUCACAUCAAGUUUCAUGAGGAUUUCGAUCAGAAAUUGACAAAACAUGAGAAAAAAUUUUUUCCAAAAGAGUUCAGAGAAAUCGAUUACACGCCUUUUGAGCCAAUGAAAGGGUUGAGAGACUUUCUGAAAAACAAGAUAUCCUACAGUAAAGAAAUAAUUUUGUCAGAAAUCAAAAGGCAUGCCAACAAGUCUAAUAAAUUUUCGAACGAUUCGGAGGAAUGA